AUGCAGCUACGGAAAGCCAAACAAGCAGGAAACCCCGUGAAUAUUAUUUGUGAAGAUUUUGCACUCCGUUCAAGAUAUGUCAUUUUGCACCCGUCGGAUGAAAAGUUUGGCUACGAUGGAUUCUUUCCUUCACUGUUGGAAGUAUAUGAAGUUAGUUGCGGUGUCUUGAACGGAAGAUCUUAUGGCCAAAAAUAUGACUACAUCGGCUGCUUUCAAUGGGUUCGAUCACCUUUAUUCGAAAUUCAUGAUGAUGUCGAAGAUUGUGCUGCCAAUUGCAAGUUUACGAAUCCAUUUAAUAACAUGAUCGGCUUGAAGAACGGCCGCGAAUGUCACUGCGUAAGCGGGGUCAGUUCGGCAGUGGCUUCCUGGCGGUGCAACAUGUUCUGUAAGAACUUCUCAUGCGGUGGGGUUGAGUUUUAUUCAGUUUAUAAAAUUCAACCACGUCAGGAACACGACAUAUAUUAUUGCCAUGUGCAUCCGGAAAAUUCAGAGAACGCCAUAUAUUCACGAAAUUUUGACAAUCUGGAUAGCCUUGAAAUGUGUGCACAUUUCUGUUUGGAAAUGAACAUGACAUUCUUUAGGAAGACAAUAUUUUAUAAUAAAUGCAACUGUUUCCAGGAGGUCAAAUAUGCACUUUAUUUUCGCUCAGCCGAUGAAAGCUUCCACGCUGUAUUAUGCUCCAAAAAUGAAGCAGAAAUUUGUGAAUAUUAUUUUGAAUCUCUUAGAAAUCUGCCGACUAUAUUUUCAACGCGUUUAUUUUACGAAUUCCAGAGAGGAGUAUCAACGUUCUCUCACUGCAAAACCAUAAACUAUGAAAUACAAGAAAGGUGUCCAGAAGGUUGUAGUGAAGGCUGGAAGGGAGAUUCGUGCAGAGAAAGAGAUUGUACGAGGAACAAUGGUGACUGUGGUGACGAGAUGAAAUGUAUUGAGUCCACG